AUGGGAUUGGGAACUGAAGACCGAGAUCCGCACAGCCCCUCCAGCCAAUGCCAAACUGGUCAACUCGCUUUCAAACAGAUUUCCUUUACAGAUGGAGACUCAGAUGAGAAGAAACCACUUGAAGAAAAAGGUAAGGCACUCUCUGCCCAUUCCAGUGACAACCACAACACCCAGAGGCAAGGGAAGCCCAAUUCAAAUGAGGAGGAGAAUUCCAACACAACUAAGCCCAAAGCCAGAAACGGUACUGCUAGAUCAGAAUCAGAGGCUAGUUCAGGUGGGGGAAACUCCAGGAAGAGGAAAAUCAGUUGCAAGGACAGCUGCCAAGACAGAGCAGGGAACUGUCUAGAAGAUGAGCACAGCUUGACUUCUAGAAAGAAACCAAAGACCUCUGCUGCCAUACACAGCAGUGAAACGGAGGAGACCCGCAAUGCCAACCACAGGGCACACCCGAAGGCCCACACUGAGCAUAGCAAGUGACCCAGAUCUCGUUUCUCAAGAGACCAACCACCACCACUUCGGAAAAGUCUAGUGAGCUCUCUGCGUGCUAUGUCUGAAGCCAUUUAUCAAGACAUAGGCCAGGUGUGGGCUCAGCAGGUACAUUCUCCACUGACCUGGGAGCAGCUCUCUGAGCUCACCCAGCUCCAGGGGCCUCUGUGCACCAUGGUGCAGACCUUCUAUGCCAUGGCCACCCAGACAGCCUAUGUCUUCCCUGCUGAGGACUGGCUUACUCCAGCCACACUGCCUGGUCCUGGGGAUCCGGUCCUGGAUGGAGAAGCGCAUCUACCUAGACAGGAGACAACUAAGCCUGUCAGUGGGUCAGAUGAGGCUUGA